AUGAGUAUUACACGGUUAACAAAAUCUCAAGGUGUUCAACAAGCAACAUCAGUGACAAACGAUUCAGACGAUGAGAUCGUUGUACCGGUCAACGCAGAUACUAUUCAUUUGACUAUGUUGUGUAACAUUUGUCACAAGAUUCUCAAAGAUGCUGUUAUUUCAACGUGCGGACACACAUUUUGCCGUCGAUGUAUUUUAUCAAAACUCACAACGCAUUGUCCAAUCGAUAAUCAAUUACUUCAUGCUGUCGUCAACAAUAUUAUUAUUAACGAACAAAUAGCUGAUAUUCUAAUAUGGUGUAAAUAUAGUUGUAAAAAGUUGUCAUCAUCAAUCGAUAAUAAAUAUAUUCAUGAUGAUGAAAAUGGUUGUCAAAUGAAAAUUCAAAUUGGAAAACGAGCAAAACAUGAAGACGUUUGUGAAUACGUGUUUGUUACCUGUCCUAAUGGAUGUUCGCAAAUUCGGAAGAAAGAUCUCGAAGAACAUAUCUCACAUUGUCAUUAUACUGAACCAUGUCCAAAUUUUAUCUUUGGUUGUCAAUAUCAAUCAGAUCGACAUAAUAUAUCAUUUCAUGCACAAACUUGCACAUAUUAUACAAAUCAAAUAUGUAAUGAACAAUUAGAAGAUGAAAUUCAAUUAUUAAAACAUGAUUUACAUGAAAAAACUCAACAAAUUGAAUUUUUGACAACAGCAGUUAGUCAAUUAUCAGAAAAAAUACGAGAAUCAGAUAAAGAAAUUGAUGAACUAAAAGAAAGUCAAAAUCAACUUAAAAUUACCAAUGAUUUAAUAUUUCAAGAACUACAAACUUUACAAAAACGAAACAAUUUAUACAUGAUGAAUGAUCUACAAUUGGCGGAUGAGAGUGAAAAUUUUGAGCAAAGUUAUGUGGCUUUACGUUGUAAUGGAACAUUUGCCGGACAUACGGAUACAGUGUGGAGUUUAUUUGCAUGUGAAAAUACACUCAUCAGUGGAUCAAGUGAUAAAACAAUCAAAAUAUGGAAUUUACAUGAGACACCUUAUUCGAAUCUUGUUACAUUACAUGGACAUACUGAUGGUAUUUUAUCUCUAACUGUAAAAGAAAACACGUUGUUUAGUGGCGGAAUGGACAAAUCGAUUUGUGUUUGGAACAUAGACAGUUAUGAAAAGACGGCAUCAUUUAAUGCUCAUACAGCACCUGUAUGCUCUCUGGCUUAUUUCAACAAUUAUCUGUUUAGUUCAUCGAAUAAAUCUGUAAAAAUAUGGGAUAUGAAUACAUUAACAAAUGUGAAUGAGAUAAAAACAAAUGAUGGUUGGAUGAGAGUGUUAUUACAAUCAGAAAACAAAGUUUAUGCUGGUUGUCGACGAGUUGUUAAUGUAUUUGAUGCAAUUAAUCAUCGAACAGUAGUGAAAUUUGAAUUACCAACAAACGAAUCAAUUUAUAGUUUAGCCUAUAAUUCAUCAAGAUUAUUUGCUGGAACACUUUCAGGAACAAUCUAUACUUGGGAUAUACGAAUGAAUCAAUGUUUAGAACCUCUUUAUGCACAUGAAUCAACUGUACAUGGGAUACUCUAUCAUUCUAUGAAUAAUAAAAUGACAUUAAUUAGUGUAUCGAGUGAUCGAACAUUAAAGAUCUGGGAUAGUGAAACAUUUGAAUUAUUACAAUGUAUUUGUCGACAUGAAGCAGAAGUAACAGCAUUACAUGCAAAUGAAAGACAUGUAUUUUCUGGAUCGGCUGACACAAAAAUAAAGGUUUGGGAUUGUAUUGAAUCAACGCUAACAGUCUAA